AUGAAGGUGGAGGAACUGAUUAUCGAUGGUUUCAAAUCAUACGCUACAAGAACGGUCAUUACCGACUGGGACCCUCAAUUCAAUGCCAUUACGGGUUUGAAUGGGUCUGGUAAGUCGAACAUCCUGGACGCUAUUUGCUUUGUUCUGGGUAUCGCAUCGAUGACUACGGUGAGAGCAUCGAGUUUGCAAGAUUUGAUCUAUAAACGUGGCCAGGCUGGUGUAACAAAGGCAAGUGUAACCAUUGUUUUUGAUAAUACCGAUAAGUCAAACUCUCCAAUUGGAUUCACAAACUCUCCCCAAAUAUCUGUUACCAGGCAAGUGGUUCUUGGUGGAACUUCCAAAUAUUUGAUAAACGGUCAUAGAGCACCUCAACAAUCUGUUUUGCAAUUGUUCCAAUCCGUGCAAUUGAAUAUCAAUAAUCCAAACUUUUUGAUUAUGCAAGGUAAAAUUACAAAAGUUUUGAACAUGAAGCCUACGGAAAUUCUGUCUUUGAUUGAAGAAGCUGCCGGUACCAAAAUGUUUGAAGAUCGUAGAGAGAAAGCUGAAAGGACAAUGUCUAAAAAGGAAACUAAAUUACAAGAAAAUAGAACUCUUUUGACUGAGGAGAUUGAGCCUAAACUGGAAAAACUUCGAAAUGAAAAGAGGAUGUUUUUGGAAUUCCAAUCUACGCAAACCGAUUUAGAGAAGACCGAAAGGAUCGUGUCAUCUUGUGACUACUAUAAUAUUAAGCAUAAGCAUACCUCCAUAAAAGAAACCUUGGAGAAUGGUGAGGCACAUAUGAAGGAAUUGAAUGAGUUUAUUCAAAAGACCUCCCAGGAAAUUGAAAGUUUAAACGAAGACGUCAAAGAAAUCAAGCUUCAAAAACAAAAUGAAUUGCACAAGGAUGGUAAGAUUUCCAAAUUGGAAACUGAGGAAAGUACUCUUUUGAAUGAGAUUUCUCGUUUGAAAACCUCAUUAUCAAUAAAAGGAGAAAGUUUAAAUGACACCACUGAAAAGCUGAAAGCCUUGGAACUCGAAAUUGCAAAUUCUUCUGCAAGACUUAAUGAAAAAAGAAUUGAAUAUACCAAGACCGAGGAAGAUUAUAAAACUGUACAGGAAGGACUGAGUAAACAAAGGGAGCUUUACAAAAAGAAAGAAGAAUUAGUGUCCACUUUAACCACAGGGAUUUCAUCCACUGGUGCUGCAGAUGGUGGUUACAAUGCGCAAUUGAUUAAGGCAAAGUCAGGAUUGAGCGACGUCUCCUUGGCGAUAAAAAAAUCGAACAUGAAAAUGGAUUUGCUGAAGAGAGAACUAUCAGUUAUUGUACCCAAAUUAAAUCAAGCUACAAAGGACAACGAGCUGAAUAUCAAGCAUGUCAAAGAGUGCCAAGAUAACUGCAAUAAAUUACAAGCGCAACUGACCGAGUAUGGGUUUGACCCAUCGCGAAUUAAGGAUUUGAAGCAAAAGGAGAAUGAAUUAAAGAGUCAAUACUACCAAAUUUCUAAUGACUCUGAAUAUCUGAAAAGGCGUGUGGCGAAUCUAGAAUUCAAUUAUACCACACCUUACCCCGAUUUUAAAUCCAACCUGGUUUAUGGUGUGGUGGGUCAACUCUUUGAAUUAGAUGAUGAUAAGAUUCGUUACUCCACCGCUCUACAAACGUGUGCUGGGGGUAGACUUUUCAAUGUUGUUGUUCAAGAUUCUCAAACGGCUACUCAACUGUUGGAAAAAGGAAGGCUGCGCAAGCGUGUGACUAUUAUACCUCUAAACAAGAUUUCCACUAGACCUAUAAGUCCACAAGUGCUCGAGCUGGCCAAGAAAAUUGCUCCUGGUAAAGUAGAACUAGCUAUAAACUUGAUAAGAUUUGAUACGUCCGUCACUAAGGCAAUGGAAUUUAUUUUUGGGAAUAGUCUAAUUUGUGAAGAUCCUGAGACAGCAAAAAAAAUCACUUUCCAUCCCAAAAUUCGUGCUAGAAGUAUUACUCUUCAAGGUGAUGUAUACGAUCCAGAAGGUACGUUAUCCGGUGGUAGUAGAAAUACUUCUGACUCCUUGUUGGUUGAUAUUCAAAAAUACAAUCAAGUUCAAAGAAAAAUUGAAAUCAUUCAAGCCGACCUUAACCACGUAACAGAAGAAUUACAAAAACAAUACACUACUUCGCAAAAAACAAAAACUAUUCAAAACGAUUUGAAUGCUUCAUCGCAUAAACUGGAUUUGGCAAAGCGUAAUUUAGAAGUAAACCCUUCCUCUCAAAUAAUGGCUAGAAAUGAAGAAAUUCUCAGGGAAAUUGGAGAAUGUGAAAAUGAAAUAAAAAAUAGGCAAAUGGAUUUGGAACGGUGCCGACAAGAAGUAUUAAGUAUUGAAAAAGACAUGAAGGAAUACGAUAACGAUAAGGGAUCAAAAUUGAAUGAACUGAAAAAUGAAUUAAAAGUGUUGGCUAAAAAUUUGGAAAAGCAAGAAUCGGAAUCGGAAGGUAAAUAUGAUUUGUUCCAAAAUCUAGAAUUGGAGACAGAGCAGUUAAGUUCAGAACUAGACUCUAAUAAAACUUUAUUGCAAAAUUAUUUGCAAUCUAUUGAAAAUUUAAAAUCAGAAAAUACCGAAUUAGAGGAGAAAAUACGAAGUAUUGAAGAUAAUCUAGCAACAACCCAGGCAAACCUAAACGAAGAAAAGAAAAGGUUGAUGAAUAUUGAUGAUGAACUAACCGAACUAGAAACAUUAAUGAAGAAGAAACAGGAAAAAAAGAAAAGCAGUGAGUUGGAAUUACAAAAAUUGAGUCAUGAUUUGAAUAAAUAUAAGUCCAAUACGGAUAAUAUCGAGAAGAAAAUUGAAGAACUACGACAGAAACACGAGUUUUUGGAGGAUUUUGAUUUAGUGACAAGCAUCGUAAAACAAAAUGAAGGUAUUGAUUUAGAAACUUACAGGGAGAGAAGUAAACAAUUGAACGAGAAAUUUCAAGAGCUAAGAAAAAAAGUUAAUCCGAAUAUCAUGAAUAUGAUUGAAAAUGUAGAGAAAAAGGAAGCAGCAUUAAAAACAAUGAUCAAAACUAUCGAAAAGGAUAAGAUGAAAAUUCAAGAAACUAUAUCCAAGUUAAAUGAAUACAAGAGGGAGACUUUAAUUAAAACUUGGGAAAAAGUGACACUCGAUUUUGGUAAUAUUUUUGCCGAUCUUUUACCAAACUCAUUCGCCAAAUUGGUUCCUUGCAAAGAUAAAGAUGUCACGCAAGGUCUAGAAGUUAAAGUGAAGCUUGGUAGUAUAUGGAAGGAUAGUUUAAUAGAACUAUCAGGUGGACAACGAUCUCUGAUUGCCUUAGCAUUGAUUAUGGCAUUAUUACAAUUCAGACCAGCGCCGAUGUAUAUCUUAGAUGAGGUUGACGCUGCUCUUGAUUUAAGUCAUACCCAAAACAUAGGUCACUUAAUCAAGACAAGGUUCAAAGGAUCGCAAUUCAUAGUCGUUUCUCUAAAGGAGGGUAUGUUUACCAAUGCUAAUAGGGUUUUUAGGACUAGAUUUCAAGAUGGUACUUCUGUAGUUAGUAUAAUGUGA